GAAUGAUCAUGAACAGCCUGCAAUGGCCUUUCGUAAGGCCGAAGUGCAAGGCGAACUGCACGUACAGCUUGUACGCGUGUAACACAGAUGGACUCGCAAACCUGGAAAUCAGGACGUGUUUUAUGUAGCUAACGUAGAUCGAGCAUCGGGUCUUUCCGUUCAUGGUAUACACCUCUCGAUUGAUCUCCUACUCACCACCUUAGAUUCAAUAGUAACGUGUAUCCGGGAGGAAUUAUGGAGUUGAGCCAGCCCUAUCACUCGCUGGUGUUUUCCAGCCUUCCAUCCGAGAUCGUUUUGCUUUUCCUAAGCAAUAUCUGCCUUCACUGCCGCGAGCCAGAUCGGGGGCCCUUAGUCUACUACCCCACCAAGCAUCAAGAAUAUGACCAGCCAUCGUGGUAUGCCUUGGAUCUUCAAGCAUUACAUUCGCCUUGCUUGGUCUCAAGGAGACUUCGACAUCUUGCUCAGCCGAUUCUUUCCUUUCACGGCGAUAUGAAUGGACUGGACGGCUCAUUUUCUUCUUCCGAAUAGUGACACUGCGCCGCGAUCUCGCCGAUUUAGUUCAGGGACUGCUAGGCCCCAUCAGUGUGGAAAGUGGCAGAGUCGAGGCCGUAUUGGAAGAGUCUGCACAAAUCUGCGGUAUCAAUCUCACAGACUUUCUUGAGCCUUUCCGCGAUUUACUAGCCCGAGCACAUCUCAAGCCCGUAUCACCCCGCAGCCGAUGAGCUGGUGGCUAAUGCUCCUAUCCUUUUUGCCCAACCUGUCUCGACUUUAUCUCACAAUGGCAACACCACCAAGCCCCAUCUCUACGUCAGCUUUGACGGCUGUCGGUGCUCGUCUUUCUCUAAAAUCCAUUGACAUAUGUGCGAGAAACUCAAAUUUAAGAAACCGCUUGGGUGGUAUACUCGAGAUGCAUUUAAAUUCGUUGCACACUCUCGACAUCAACUCGUAUUGCUCAUACAAUGGUGACAGCUAGGAUUGUCGGGUAUGUUUUUUCCGAACCUACGAAAUAUCAGUGUCACUUUGAGUGGGAUGAGCGGGUCAGAUCUCGAGAUACUACUGUACUGUCCUGCUGUUCAAAUCUUCAGACAUUUAUUUACGAUGCUACUUCAAUCAUCUAGUGUAUACAGCUAGCCAACAUCGUGAAAUAUCUCGGUAGACAUCAAGAAACUCUCACAUCAUUGCGGCUUGACCUACGUGAUGCUCGAGUUACACAUGAGAAAUUCUUUUCAGAGGCAACAUCUAGCUUGAGAAUAUUUCCUGCCCUUAAAGACGUGUCACUCAACUUACUGUUUAUAUAUCAUAGUAUGAAUGAACAAGUAGAAGAUGACGAUGUUUUGUACCAACUCCUUCCUGAGCACAUUAUCUCACUACAGUUAUAUGAUACUGUGGGUCCUACGACUCUUGCACGCCUGUCGAGGGGUCUACUACAUCUUAUAGACGUCGUUUCGCG